AGCUCUGCGUUGCUAGGCGUUCGUAUGUCCCUGAACGGGAAAGAAAGUACUAGAAAUCACAAAGUAGGGAGGAAAGAAGCGAUAAAUAAAUGAAGGGAUGCCAUACGGGAGGACACGGGCGACAGAAUAGGAGAAGAGUUGUCCACAAUCCAAGCAGGAAAGCACAAUUUGACCUCAUCACUGUGAUUUUGAAACUCUGAAGAGAGUGGGAAGGCCAUAGCUGAAAUAAGAUUUCCCCCCCCCCCCCCUCCCUGGAGAAAAUUUGACAAGGUCCAUCAUGAGUGCUCACGAGGGGGAUGUUCACACUCUGGCUCCAGAGAUGCCUGCCAUGUUUGAUGGGAUGAAGCUGGCUGCUGUUGCCACAGUGCUCUACAUCAUUGUACGCUGCCUGAACCUGAAAAGCCCCACUGCGCCGCCUGAAAUCACUUAUCAGGACACACCCCUCAACCAUUUCCUGCUCAAGUCCUGUUCUCUCUUGACCAAAGAGUACAUUCCUCCCCUCCUAUGGGGAAAAAGUGGACACCUGCAGACAGCUCUGUACGGAAAGUUGGGACGAGUCAGUUCACCACAUCCACAUGGGCACCGCAAAUACUUACCCAUGGAGGAUGGAGCCACUGCAACCUUUGACCUCUUUGAACCACUAGCAGACCACCAAACUGGAGAUGAUGUCACUAUGGUAAUAUGUCCAGGAAUUGGGAACCACAGUGAAAAGCAUUAUAUCCGCACAUUUGUGGAUUAUUCCCAGAAGCAAGGAUACAGGUGUGCGGUUUUAAAUCAUCUGGGAGCCCUGCCUAACAUUGAGCUGACUUCGCCCCGCGUGUUUACAUAUGGCUGCACCUGGGAGUUUGGGGCCAUGGUAGGCUACAUCAAAAAGGCCUAUCCCCAGACUCACCUCGUAGUUGUGGGUUUCAGCCUGGGAGGCAACAUUGUCUGCAAGUUCCUGGGGGAGAACUGCAACAACCAGGAGAGAGUACUGUGCUGUGUCAGUGUGUGCCAAGGUUACAGUGCCCUCAGGGCCCAAGAGACAUUUCUACAGUGGGACCAGUGCAGACGGUUCUACAACUUCCUCAUGGCAGAUAACAUGAAAAGGAUCAUCCUGUCACACAGGGGGAUCUUGUUUGGAAUGAGCUCCAGUAAGAUGAAGGAUGCAGACAUGAGUCGGCUUUACACUGCCACCUCUCUCAUGCAGAUUGAUGACAAUAUUAUGAGAAAGUUUCAUGGUUACAGCUCAAUCAAGGAGUACUAUGAGAAGGAGAGCUGCGUGCAUUAUCUCCACAAUGUAGAUGUGCCAUUGCUACUGGUUAAUUCUGCAGAUGACCCCCUGGUCCACCAGUCACUUUUGACCAUCCCACACACACUUGCCGAGAAGAAACCCAAUGUGAUGUUUGCUUUAACACUGCAUGGGGGCCACCUUGGCUUCUUUGAGGGAGCAGUUUUGUUUCCAGAGCCCCUUACCUGGAUGGACAAGGUCAUUGUGCAGUACGCCACCACCAUCUGUCAUUGGGAGCGACACAAAACGCCAUGCCAGAGUGAGGCUGACUGCUCUGAGGAAAAGGCCUGAUUCACCCUUCCAGCAAGCCAUCGUGAUGGUUCUUCACUCCACUUACCGCAAGGGAAAAAUCCUAAUUUUUACCUUGUCCUCACCCACCUGAGUUCCAUUCUCAAAUCACCUUUCAGCAGUGGUGUAACUCAUUACCCCUUAGUUUUCUACUCAUUAUUCAACAUUCACCCCAAGAAAGUUUUAGCUGUCAAAGAAAAAGGAAGAAAUACAAUUAAAGCUUUGGAUUUUUUCCCCCAAAGAUACAAGGAAAGCCAGGAGGUGGAGGUCAGGGGAAAGGACACUGCAGUGGAAUGAACUGGCACUGUUUCGUACACCCCCCUGCCCUGCCAGCCUGACGGUGCCUGGAGCUUAAUGUGGUUUUUCUUCCAUCUAACACAUGUACAUUGGGAGGAGAAUCAGUCCAGCUUUAAAACAUCCAAGGUGAAGUUGAUUACUGAUGAAACCCAGUCUUGGUGACAAGUAGAGGAAAAUUUCAAGUAGUGUUUCAACUCCUGCUCUGCACGAUCAUUAAUUCCUGCUUCCUGGACCUCAUUUCAGGAGCCUUAAUUGGUUCAGUACUUCUAGAACGUUCCUAAUGUCAGGUCCGAACCUACAGUCAAAUCUAUGGUCUGCUAGACAUUGAAACACAAUCCCAUCAUCUUGCCUUUCCUGAUUUUUCUGUCAUAAAUCACAACUUACCUGUGAAAUUCAGUCAUACUUAGUGAGCCAUAGUCUUUGAAUCAUUGCACAGUGGUUGAAGUCCUGAUGUGGAAACCUGUGUCAGACUGAGAGAGCUGACAGUGUUGAGCUGAGGGAGGCUUGGAAGUCUGUGGAGGCUAGGUCAUCUGUUCCCCCAGAACUGUCCUUUCCAGAGCCUGUGAGCAGCUCUGAACAUCAGGAUAUCUUUAGCACAGUAAAAAUGGCUGUAUAGAGAAUAAUACAGCUCUGUAUUCUGAUGUUAUUCUUGCUACGUAAAAAGAAAUCUGUAGUAAUGUACUGUGCAGUGACGAGCUCUGAGUAAUUGCAGAAUUCUGCUCUGUAUUAUACUGUCAAGGGCUCUGAAUGACUGUACACCCCUGUGUUCUGCAAUGCCAGGAGCUCUGAGUGCCUGCAGAUCCCUAGUCUGUACUACACUGUGAGGAGCUCUGAAGGAAAACAGACUUCUGAUCUAUAUUGUACCCUCCGGAGUUCUGAAUAGCAGGUCUCAGUACCCUUAGGAGCCCUUUGUGAUUGCAGGCCUCUAGUCUGUACUACGGUUUCUCUGAGCUCUGAGUGCCUGGUGGUCCCUGGCUUGUACUGCGCAGUGAUGAGCUCUGACCUAGUGAUUUAGGUGUGACAUGAUGGUCCUCCCCUUUGCAUGACCCUGCAUGAAAGUAUGAAGCUUAAUCCAGAUGGUUGCUAAGUAUUGAGCAUUUGGAAGCCCUUCCACGCAACACUGUCAUAUUCCAGUAGCGUAGUAUUGUGUGUAAUGGUGAUGCUCUUCAAGGAGGAAGAGAUGACAAGACAGGGGUCUCACCACUUUACAGGAGCUUUGAAAGAUCUUUUGAGCUGUCAUUUUGAUGAGCUUUCUGUCAUCACUUUGUCCUGAAGAAGAUGUACAUUUUCCUUUUAUUUAUUUUUGUCUUUAUUGUUGUGUUGACUGAACGUGCUUGAAACAUCUUCUGAUGAAAAGUUUAGUGGGUGAGAGUCAGAGCAUUGAGUACCCAGGAGACACUGAUGGGAGUUUGAAUGUGCAUCUCCAAGCUGUGUUGGAGGUCACCCUUAUUCUGCAUUCAGUUCACCCCUUGCUGUGUGCUUGGUUAUAAGGGAGGAUUUUUCAAAAGUGCAAGGAAUCCAAUUCAGACACAUUGCAGUCUUCUUGCACUGUCACUCUGUUUCCCUGCUUCUCAUUUACAUUUACAUUUAUUCAUUUAGCAGAUGCUUUUCUCCAAAGCAACAUACAUCUUUGCAAAACAUGAAAUACUGUAUCUGUGUGAAUAGAUUCUGCUUUUGCCCAGUUUUAAAGCCAGCAACUCGGUGAUAAGUGAGAAAGUAUCUACCUACCUUUAACUCCACCAUCUUUUUGUAUUGUUUUACAGCUGCAUUUUUUAUUUAUGCAUUUACCAGAUGCUCUUCUCCAA